AUGAUCCUUACCGACGAAGCAUUUUCCGAGUUCAAGAGGUCAAAGCCUUUAGGGUCUGGAAUCUCCCCAGAAGAAGUGGAGUACUCAACAGAUGGCCUCAUGAUAAGUAGCACACAGGGCAACGUACUGAGAUUGUAUUCAUCGAUAUCGGGAAGCCUCCAGAAUAUCAUUCACCUUCCAACUAUACAAAAGUAUAAAUUCAUGUAUCCUAACACAAUCGUUCAUUCGGCAUCCAACUCACUUUACCUUCUAUCUGUUUUUGAUAACAAGUAUGUCUCCACUUUUGCUGAUCAUAAGAGUCAAAUAAAUGCACUCUCCGUGUGCCCAAGGGAAGAUACGAUUAUGUCCUCCUCAUACGAUUCUACUAAUUAUUGGGACAUAAGAAAAAAGAACCCCAUAUAUAGAAUUAGCGCACCCAACUCUAUAAGCUGCCUGUCUUCUUCUAAUGAAUAUGCAAUGCUGAUCAAUGGCACUUUGCUCAAGAUAUACGACAAAAGAAAUAUAAAGGGGCCAAAAAGCACUUCAUCACUUCCAGAAAAAAGGUAUAAGGAAAUGUUCUAUUCUCCAGACGGAAGUUUUAUAGUAGUUUCUGGUGAGAAAAGCCACCUUUUUCUUAGUCCGGAUGGUUCAACAAGAAAUGCAUUAAAUUUGGAAAGGGGAGGGAGUGGUUGCAUCACACCAGACUCAAAAUUCUUUCUUUGCUGCGAAGGUAGUUCUGUACUUGUUUAUCAUCCUAAAACUAGGAGAAGGCUGCAUGCAUUCAAGACACCUGGGCUUGAUAACGUGAAGGUCCGCUUCAACCCAUUCUAUGCUCAGUUUGCUUCGUCUUCUACUCUUUUAAGCAUUUGGGGAAUCAAAGAGCAUUCAGAGCAGCAGUCCUCUUAA